AUGGGGAGUGAUUUCUCCCUUUUUGCUUUCAAGGUGCGUCACAUUUUGUGCGAGAAGCAGAGCAAAGCAUUGGAGGCUAUCGAGCAACUGAAGGGCGGCCAAAAGUUCAACACCGUGGCAGAGCAGUACAGCGAGGAUAAGGCACGUUCUGGUGGCGACCUCGGCUGGAUGGCCCGUGGCUCCAUGGUGGGACCCUUUCAGGAGGCAGCUUUUGCACUACCAAUCUCUACGGUGGAUAAACCGGUGUACACGGAUCCUCCGGUGAAGACUAAAUUCGGCUACCACGUAAUAAUGGUCGAAGGGAAGAAAUGA